AUCAUGAGGGAGAGCGUUGUUCGCUAAUUUAUGACAAGAGAAAAACACUAAACUCAAACGAACAGAUUACAAGUUGCCAGUAAACAAAAGAAGCAAAUGAAAGUUUAGGGUGGUAAUAAUCUCAAAGAAAAUAAUGAGUCAUAGACCAUAGUGGUACGCAAGUUGCUAGUAAAAAAAAAAAAGAAGCAAAUGAAAUGGGUGUCGUGUCGUGUACCCCGUUGUCCGAAAGUCGUCUGGCACCAUGCGAGCCGGUCUGAUCCUCUUCCCCAGCGGCACCAGUAUAUGGUGAUGUGAUCGCCGCGGCCUGUCGCCUCGUUCUACUCCAGUACACCACACCGUACACGCAGCUGCGGCGUACCGGGGCAGCACGGCAAUGGACGCCAACACCCUUCUCCUGCCCUGCUCCGACGGCGCCGUCGCCGGCGCGGUGGACUUCCGCGGGCGGCCCGCGUCCCGGUCCGGCACCGGCCGAUGGUCCGCCGCGAUGUUCGUCCUCGGGGUGGAGAUAGCGGAGAGGUUCGCGUACCACGGGGUGUCGGCGAACCUGAUCAGCUACCUGACGGGGCCGCUGGGGGAGUCGACCGCGGGCGCGGCGGCCGCGAUCAACGCGUGGAGCGGGGUGGCGACCAUGCUGCCCUUGCUCAUGGCGUGCGUGGCCGACGCCUGGCUCGGGCGCUACCGCACCAUCGUCCUCGCCUCCCUCCUCUUCGUCGUGAGCAUGGGCAUGCUGACCGUCUCGGCGCUCCCGGCGUUCCACCACGACGGCUGCAGCAGCUACGCCUCCAGCUCGCUGGCCUGCUCCCCGUCCCCCGCGCAAGUGGGCGUCUUCUACGUCUCGCUGUACCUGGUGGCGCUCGCCGAGGCCGGGCACAAGCCCUGCGCGCAGGCGUUCGGCGCGGACCAGUUCGACCAGAACGACCCCAAGGAGUCCGUGUCCAGGAGCUCCUUCUUCAACUGGUGGUACUUCGGCAUGUGCUCCGGCACCGCCGUCACGACCAUGGUGUCCAGCUACAUCCAGGACAACGUCGGCUGGGGCCUCGGCUUCGGCAUCCCCUGCCUCGUCAUGGUCUUCGCGCUCCUCAUGUUCCUGCUCGGCACCAGGAAUUACCGCUACUACACGUCCACCGAAUCGAGCCCCUUUGCUCGCCUCGCCCGAGCUUUCAUCGCGCUCAUCAAAGGCUCCAAAUCGAGCCAAUCUGACGGCACUCUCGCGAGCGACGACGACGCCGGGCACCGGGAAGAAGUGAAAGGCGUGCUGCGCCUGUUCCCCAUCUGGGCGACGUGCAUCAUCUACGCCGUGAUCUUCUCGCAGUCGUCCACGUUCUUCACGAAGCAGGCCGCGACGCUGGACCGCCGGAUCGGUCCGACGCUGCGUGUGCCGCCGGCGGCGCUGCAGACGUUCAUCAGCGUGACCAUCAUGGUCUUCAUCCCGGUCUACGACCGCGCGUUCGUGCCCCUGGCGCGGCGGCUCACGCGCCUGUCGUCGGGCAUCACCAUGCUGCAGCGGAUCGGCACGGGGCUCGUCCUGGCCCUGGUCGCCAUGGUCGUGGCGGCGCUGGUGGAGAUGCGGCGGCUCGGCGUGGCGAGGGACGCCGGGCUCGUGGACCAGCCCAAGGCGGCGCUGCCGAUGAGCCUGUGGUGGAUGGUGCCGCAGUACGUGCUGUUCGGGCUCUCGGACGUGUUCGCCAUGAUCGGCCUGCAGGAGUUCUUCUACGACCAGGUCCCCGACGCGCUGCGCAGCCUCGGGCUGGCACUCUUCCUCAGCAUCUUCGGCGUGGGCCACUUGUUCAGCAGCUUCAUCAUCUCCGCCAUCGACGGAGCCACCAAGAAGAGCGGGGCGAGCUGGUUCUCCAACAACCUCAACCGCGCGCACCUCGACUACUUCUACUGGCUGCUCGCCGGCCUCUGCGCCGUGGAGUUGGCCGCGUUCGUCAUCGUCUCGCGCGUUUACGUGUAUAAGAAGAGGGUGUCUCACGACAAUAAUGAUGCUGUCAUUAUGGCGAUGAAGCCUAGAGCCGUAUCCCGUAGGGCUGUUAGGAUGGCACUUCAGUAUGGUCUAGCUAUAGAUGCAAAGGGGAGGAGAUUACGGAAAGCAAAGCGCAGCCUCGAUCGAUCUCUGGCUGUCGACUCUGCAGGCGUCGCGCCUACCUAUAAAGCCCUAACCUGCGACGACUUCACCAUGUGUCAUCGGAGCGAGCUCCUCUCCCUCGUGCUGUACCAACCAGCCAUGGUCGACACCGUCGCCGGCGCCACCGACUACCGCGGCCAGCCGGCCUCUCGUGCCGCCACCGGCGGCUGGAAACCGUCGGUUUUCGUCAUGGCGAUGGAGAUCGCGGAGCGGUUCGCGUACAAGGGCGUGGCCGCGAACCUGAUCACGUACCUGACGGGGCCACUGGGGCAGCCGAUGGCGCGCGCCGCCGCGUCCAUCGACGCGUGGAAGGGCGUCUCCCAGAUGCUGCCGCUGCCGCUCGCGUGCGUCGCCGACGCCUGGCUCGGCCGGUACCGGGCCAUCGUCCUCGCCUCCCUCAUCUUCGUCGUGAGCAUGGGCUCCCUGUCGCUGUCGGCGGCGUUGCCGGCCUUGCGCGGCGGCCACGUGGCCAUCUUCUACGUGGCGCUGUACCUGGUGGCUCUCGGCGAGGGCGCGCACAAGCCGUGCGCGCAGGCGUUCGCGGCGGACCAGUACGACGAGAAGGACCCCAAGGAGAGCGUGGCGCGGAGCUCGUUCUUCAACUGGUGGUACUUCGGCAUGUGCGCCGGCACCGCUGUCACCACCAUGGUCUCCAGUUACGUGCAGGACAACGUCGGCUGGGGCCUCGGCUUCGGCAUCCCCUGCAUCGUCAUCGUCGCCUCGCUCGCCCUGUUCUUGCUCGGGACCAGGUCGUACCGGUUCUACACCACCACGGAGGCCAGCCCCUUCUCUCGCGUCGGGAACGCGUUGCUGGCGUUGAUCCACAGCUGGGCGCCCAAGCAUCGCACCAGAAAAUUAGGCGAUGGCGACGAGGACAACGCCGUCGCCGUCGAGGAAGUGAAGAGCGUGCUCCGCCUGCUGCCCAUAUGGGCGUCGUGCAUAAUCUACGCGAUCAUCUUCUCCCAGACGUCGACGUUCUUCACGAAGCAGGCCGCGACGCUGGACCGCCGGAUCGGCGCGAGGUUCAAGGUGCCGCCGGCGGCGCUGCAGACGUUCAUCAGCGUGAGCAUCGUCGUCUUCAUCCCUGUGUACGACAGGCUCUUCGUGCCCCUGGCGCGACGCUACACGGGAAGGCCGACGGGGAUCACCAUGCUGCAGAGGGUCGGCGCCGGCCUGGCGCUCUCCCUCGUCGCCGUGGCCCUGUCCGCGCUCGUCGAGAUGAAACGACUCCGUGUCGCGACGGAAGCCGGCCUGGUGAACACCCCGAAGGCGCAGCUCCCUAUGACGCUCUGGUGGAUGGUCCCGCAGUACAUCCUCAUCGGCGUCGCCGACGUGUUCGCCAUGAUCGGGCUGCAGGAGUUCUUCUACGACCAGGUCCCCGACGCGGUGCGGAGCCUUGGGCUGGCCCUGUUCCUGAGCAUCUUCGGGGUCGGCCACCUCCUCAGCAGCUUGCUCAUCUCCGUCAUUGACAAGACGACAGCGAGGAGCGGGACGAGCUGGUUCUCUAACAACCUCAACCGCGCCCACCUCGACUACUUUUACUGGCUGCUCACUGGCCUCUGCGCCGUGGAGCUCGUCGCCUUUGUGCUCUUCUCUCGAGUGUAUGCUUACAAGAGAAAGAGUGGCAAUGAUGGUGGCAGUGGUGAUCUCGUGUGAUACAUAUGCAGUUUGAGCCGUACUGAUCACUUUGAGGGGUGCCUGUAGCUGUAGUUGUUUGUAGAGAGCCAGCCCUCUACGGAGUACGGAGUUGCUACGGGAUUCUGGUGUUAACACACUACUUUUCCCCUUA